AUGGCAGACAGUAACAACGAUUCUUCAAAUGCCAAUUCUAUAGCCCAAGACCAAGGCCCGAUUCCUCUCUCUUUCCCAUCCAUUCUGCGCAAUCGCGGCCUUACGGACCGUUUCGCCCAUCUACAUACUACGUCCAAGCCUUCCCUUUCAACGUCUUCCACCGUACCCCAUACAUCAAAGAAGGGAAGAAGAAGGAACGAUAAUGAUGGGAAGCGGUGGAUCAAGCGCAAAGAAAACGCUCGCUUCGUUGGUAACCCAUACAUCAUCUCUGCAACAAAGAACGACUAUAUUUUGGAUCCCCCGUCCAACAAGACUACGUUUCCGGAACCCCUACCACCAUAUCUUCCUCGCACCGCGAAAGUUCCCGGAGCCCAUCUCCCGACAAGAGAUCCCAACUCAGCUAAUGCAGGCCGCUUUUCACUCAGUCUUAAAGGAAUGCGACGGGAUCUUCGUAAGGCUGGUAGGCGCGCCCAGCUUCUUGUCCAAGAUAUAGAGCAAGAAGUCGUCGAUUGGUUACAUGUCGGUGGGACAGUCAUGUCGCCAGACACUCCUCAGACGACGAGCACGGGCGUCCGGAGAGCUAUCGGUGACACAGGAACCAUCUUCGAAGUGUCGCGUACUCCACUGCAGCUGGUCUGGUGCACCAACGACGAUGCUUUCGGAAGAUAUGUUGUGCAUUGUUGUGCUAGGUAUCAUGAGGUUGUCAGCUACAGCAAGGAAGUGGACGGGGAACGUCUUACUUACCUUCUGCGCCCCAACGUCACUCGCCCAGACUCCCAUGCACCUUUCGCCCUUGCAACCCCCCCUGUAACCGACAUCGACUCUUCUUCCCAAUUUGAUACUGAAUCAGAAUUUACCUCCGAUGUCGAAUCUCUAAACGACGUUGCCACAGGUCUAUCCGCAGUACCCGAAAAUUCCCCACCUUUAUCACCCGUUGCAGACGCAGAACCAGACCUUGAUGAAGUAUGGUCGGUCAUCGCAGGCUCAGAUAUCGAAGCAGACGAGUCAGGGAGUGAACAUGGCCUGUCUGCAAAUCUGGCGUCUCUGACAAUAGACCAAAAUACAGACAUCAGCCCUCGGCGUUCAUUACCUUUGCGUACUCGCUUGCGUCAAGCCCAGUCCGCUUCAUCUCCUUCGCGUUCCCCGGCGGUCCGACUGCGUAGGCCAGUCCGAAGAACUGCGCGCUCGCCAGAGAAUCCUACGUCGUUUUAUGCUUAUUUAUUUCCGUAG